AUGCCACAAGGAAGAGCUAGUCGACAAGCUCAUGCUACAGUUUCUGAAAUGUGUCCAAACUUGAAAGUUCAAAUAGAUAUGCACAAAUGUGUGCCCACAGAGGACGCGGAUGUCAUUGUGGGAUCUGUCAUGACAUUAGUAAGACUUACUCGGCUUCACAAAUAUGACCCACUGCAAUUCAGGGCUCUAAUAUUAGAUGAAUGCCAUCAUGCGACUGCAUCAUCAUGGACAAAGAUUUUGAAUUAUUUCGGUGCCUUGGAGGAUGAUUCUGACAUUUUGGUUCUUGGGUUUACGGCCACAUUUGAAAGAAGCGAUGGAACAGCAUUAAAUAAAGUUUUCGAACGCAUUGUUUUUGAGCGGAGCUUGCGAACGAUGGUUGAGAACAAAGAACUUUGUGACGUCAAGUUUUCAACGAUUAGUGUUGAUUUAGACCUUAGCAAAGUUCGAAGAAACAUGGGUGAUUAUGUGGCUACGCAUUUGUCUAAGGCGGUUAAUGUUAGUGAAAUCAACUUGCGAAUUGCUCUUUCUUACAAGGAACUCAAAACUAAACUCGGAUUCAAGUCUACCUUAAUAUUUUGUGUCGACAUUGAACACUGCAAAACUCUCUGUGGUGUUUUCCAGGAGAAUGGAGUGAAUGCUCAAUAUGUCACUGGUGAAACAGUCAAAUACGAGCGACAAGCUAUACUCGAAGACUUCAAGAAUGGAAAAAUUGACGUGUUGUGCAAUGUCCUCGUGUUUACAGAAGGUACUGAUAUUCCUAAUAUCGAUUCCUUAAUUCUCGCUAGACCUACAAAAUCUCGCCCCCUUUUAGUGCAAAUGAUUGGUCGUGGCCUUCGUUUACACAAAGAUAAGCUGUACUGUCAUGUGAUAGACAUGGUUGGAACGGUGAAUGUUGGUGUUCUGUCGAUUCCAACUUUAUUUGGUGUGGAUGAUCUUGAUUGGAAAGGUAAAACUCUAUUGGAGGUAGAAAAGGAAGCAGAAGAUGCGAGAGUGGAACUAGAAGAAAAGAGGAAGAAAGAUGUGGAUGACCUCUUGAAGAUCCAGGAAGGGUUGGCUGGCAUUGAUCUUAAUGUGGCAACUGUGGAAGGCUUUGCUGCUCUCGAAGUGCUUGUAUCACACAGAAUGCAAGACUUUGAAGAUAUCAGUAGGAAAUUCAUGAAGAGCCGAUUGCAGUGGUUGAGACUUGAGUACGACAUCUGGGCAUGUAAUAUCCCCACGAACCGCACCUAUUAUACCAUUGAACGUGUUGUGGAAGAUGGAAUAGUCCAGGGAUUUCAAUUGAACAAAAACGAGUUUGCAUCUCAAGCAGCAUUAAUUGCGAGCUCAUUCAAGUGUAGUAGAAGUUUGACUACAAUGAUUACUACAGGUUCCUUGGAUCACGUUCUCGCGGUCGCAGACAAUACAAUACACCUUCCGAAGAACAUCAAGGUGUCAACUAAGAGUGUGACACACAAGCAAAUCGAAUUCCUCUGGAAUAAACUUUCUGAUAAAGUCGCCUCUAAAUAUGAGGAGAGUGGCCUCAUUAGAUUUGAGAAGGCGCUCAAAGAGUUGACACUUGCACGUGCGUCAGACUUGAUCUUUGCUUCAUUAUACUCUGUCAACUGUAUGUGGGUAAAGUGGGAAUUGAGUCGCAUGCUAGGGCUAAGGAUACCAACAAAGAAGGCAUCGGUGAGGAAGUCGAGAAAGAAGAAAGUUGAAACCUCUCUACAAAAGCCAUGA